AGUUCGUGCGGACGAUUCGAGUAGCAGGUGCGUGAGCAGGCAGGACAAAAGUGAAAGAAAACAGGAGGAAAGAGGGAGCUAGAAACCUGGAAAUACUGACGGUAAUGAAGGAUUGUGACAUAAAAAAACAAAACUACAAAAAAAAAACAACUAUCCAAGCUGGAGGACGACAAAGAGACUCAGGCCCUCGAGGCCAACGUGGACCUGGAUGAUGGGACGUUUACGACCAUCUCUCUGGCAGACGACUCAGCCGACAGAGGACCUGCAGCCCUGUAUACUCAACAGGAAGACGAGCUUUUCAUCAUGAACUGCGACAUAGAUGGAGACCUGGAGAACCAGGUUGAGAUGGAGGAGAAGACAAGGUUGAUAAACCAGGUUUUGGAGCUGCAGCACACACUGGAAGAUCUGUCGGCUCGAGUCGACGCAGUCAAAGAGGAGAACCUGAAGUUGAAGUCGGAGAAUCAGGUCCUCGGUCAGUACAUCGAGAACCUCAUGUCGGCCUCCAGCGUCUUCCAGACCACCGACACCAAGAGCAAGCGGAAGUGAGGCGGAGUCGAGCAGAAGGUGGCACAGAGCGGAGGGGGUUGGAGAUCCCCGUAACCAUUUACCUGAGUCAGAACUAAACAAAUGUAAAUAUGAAAAUAACGUCUGUAAAAUACUUUUCUUUUGUGUUUAUUUUUUGGGACAUGUUAUUGUGCCUCAAUUUAAAACAUAAUGUUCUAAAAUGAGUUUAACAUCAACCUUGUUACCGUGAACCUUAUUAUCAGCGUUAAAUUAAUUUAUUUUUGUAUAUUCUGUUGUUGGACAGCAGGAUCUGGUAUUUCAGUUGGUCUUGUAUCUCAUGAUGCUCAACUGUUUUCCUCUACUUGCAGUUCAUUUGCUGACCAGUGUUAUGCAGAAUGAAAAAUGUGUAAUAAUGGCAUGUUUAAGCAAUAUCUUAAGUAUUAACAUAUCUAAAGAAAUGUCCCUAUAUUUAGCAGUAAACUGGAUAGAGCUGAGGAAGUUUGCAGAGCGUCAAUAAGGAAAGCACAGAGGCUAAAAGCUACACCAUCAAUUAUGUUUUCAUUGCAACUAAAAUCUUUGUUUAGGUAUUCAAGAUGGAAAUGCAACCGAGAUUUGGUUCCUUGUUCCUCUAAUAGUGAUGGAGGGAACAUAACAGGUCAAGUAACACGACGAUGAGGAAAGAAAGAGAUACUUUCAGAGCAGCAGCAAGACGGGCUGAGAGUGGUAUUGAUCCGAUCGGUUUGGCCUGGGAUGUAGGAGACGGGCGUUAAAACGCAUCUUCAGUGCGCAGCGGUAGACAGGGCGUGUCCAAGCUAUCCGCCACCUCAAAGGAAAGGGGAGUCGAAAAGAUUCAUGUGAAUGAAAACUGGAUUUUGAUGCCGCUUCAAAAUUGUGUGUGAACACGGUGCUGUACAAAAGCAGCUUCUAUCACAUUUAAUGUAUUUUAAUAGGAUUGUAUGUGAUAGACCAAAGUAGAGGACAACGGCCAUUAUUUAUUGGAAGGAAAUAAAUAUUGAGAAUCCUGGUCUGUUGUGAGAAAGAAGCUUUAGUUUUACUUUCAUGAUUGGUUCCAUGAGAUCAUCCUGAUUAACAGUGAUGUGCAGAGACGUUUUGGCAGGGAAGGUGCUCACAUGGAGCUGUAGUGAGAGAUUUUAAUAUAGGCAAAGAUACAAAUAUAUGGGGGCUUGGUAAUGUAGGCUUUUAAAUCCAGAAAAUGCUACCUUGGGCUUUACACUAAGGAAAUCAAAACGACUAUUUCAGAAGGGCACUUUGUUUGGUUCAGAGGAAGAAGGGCAGGUGUUUUAGCACCACCUAGUGUCUAUUUGUGCACAUUUGACUUGCAUUUGUAUUUAGUCCUUCUUUGAGUCAAUGCUUAGGAUUUUGGAGCAUGCCUGUCCACAACUUUGCACAUCUAGAGCCUUUUUGCCCAUAUUUACAAAAUAGCUCAAACUCAGAUGGGAUGGAGUGCGUCUGUGAUCGCUGGGUUUUAAAGCCAUUAGAGUUAAGGGGGUGAAGACAUGCCAUGUUUUUCAGAUGUGUAACAUUUUGUAAACCAUGUACUGUUUUUCUUUCAUGUCUGACUUUGUGUCAGUUUAUCAAGCCAAAUGCUGAUUAAAUGCAUUCAGGUUUGUAAAAGUCAAAGUUCAAAAGGCUGUGUUGUGGCUUUUCAAGGUUACUUUUUGUACUUUAAGCAGUUAUGUGUCAUGCUAAUUUCCUCCUUUUUACACACUAGCUAGUCAUGUCUUGUGUCCACAUUUGCCUUCAAAUGUUUUUUUUUUUGUUUAAUAAAAUCUCACAGUUAGCACUCCAAGUCUUAUCACCUGCACAGACCUACUACAGUAAAAUAAAAAUAUUUCCCAAAACGAA